UUUUAAAAUAUGAGUUUUAAUCAGUUCCAAAGGAACAUCAAGACUCUAGUUGACUCUUUCGAACGAGCCAGGGAAUGGGCAGAUCUCAACAAUUGUCUUCAGAAGUUAAAAAGGAUUUUAGAAAAGAAUGAUGCAGAGUCCAAGCAUGAGAUUGAGGAUAUCCCUAGUCUUGCUAAAAGAUUAGCACAGUGACUUUCUCCAGAUUUUAAUGUUAUACAUAAAACCACUCUGGAGAUCUACAAGAUGAUCUUCCAGUCUGAACUGCAAAAGAGAAGGUUAGAGGCUGAAGAGGGCAAACAAGAGGAAGGGGACAACUACACUUUUGGAAGUGGUCUCGGCGUUCUCCUCUCCGGACUCUUUGGAUUCUACCAAUAUGCAGCCUUUGAAGUCAAGGAAAAAUUUUUGGAUAUUGUUGAAGAAGAGAUCCUCAUGCUUGUUAAAGAACUCCACGUUUGUCUGGGAGGCUUCAUGGUAUGAAUACUCCCUGCUCUCGAUGACCAGAGUGAGACCAUUACUAAGAAAGUCGAAGAAAUACUUAACAAAACUGAAGAGAUUGUUGGAACAAAGAUGUUUUAUGGGACAAUCUGGAUGACUUUGAUGAGAAGUUCACGAACAAGAAUUGGAGGGUUUAAAUAUAUUGAGAAGUACAUCCCCAAAAGUCUAGACGCAUGUAGGCGGAGAAAGAUCUAUCCUAUCAAGAUGGUAAUCAAAUGCUUUGAAAAUCAGUUACAUAUCAAAAGUGCUACCGAGUCUGAUAUUUUGGUAGAAGAGAAAAACCGUUUGAAGAACAUGGAAGCAGAGGAUUAUUACUACUUCUAUUACCCACAGAAGUCUAAGUUGGUUAUUAAUGCCUUGAUAGCUUGUAUGAUGGAUCCAUCAGUCUAUGUUAACAGAAUGGUUUUAGAUUUCAUCAAUACUCAUUUGGGAAUCCAUUCUGAUAUUUUGAAGAUCGAGGAAAACAGUAUUUUAGUUGAAUCAGCCCUGAAUUUGAUAACUAAGAAGGAUUUUGCAUGUCUCAAGAAAUUCAGUAACUGGCUUUUGAGUCAUCUUGAAGAUGAAGAGUUUGAUGUAGACUAUAAUUUUGAUGGGGACAAAGCAAUAGAAGCUAUUGUUCCAGCUCUGAUUAGUAUUUUUAGCGAGAGGCCAAGAAACGCAAGGAAUGCAAGUCUUUCUAUUACCAUGAUCCAGACAUUGCUUUAUGAAAAUGCUCUCAUCACUGAUGCUGUGAUGGAUAAAGUUACAGUAGAAGUUAUUGACUACAUUCAAGAUUAUAUGAUAGGAAAUGACGGAACAAGAUUAGGCGAAGAAUUCCUUACCAAAUUUAAUGAAACAACUGCAAAUUUCUUCGAACAUAUUGGUACCCAACUCUCCAGUGUUUUAAAGGCUCUUGGACGAAACUUAUCUGAGAAAAUGGACUCUGGAAAUGUAGAGGAAGCUCUGAAAUCUAUUCAGAGAAUUGAGUUUUCUCUCACAAUUCUGAACCUGGAAAGAGUUGAGGAUGUAAACGACCUUCUCAGACCUAUCUUAUCUAGAAUUCUUGCUAGUGUAAACAAACUUAGUAAAGGAAUGAGAGAGCCCAAAAAUACUAUACCAGCUCUAAACCUUGCUCUUGUAAUUUUGCAAAAUAUCAAAGAUGAAAAGGCAAACAUUGCAGUUGAAGAGGAAGAACUAGCUGAGAAUAUUGAGAGGUUCAACAAAUUCUUUAGCGAUCUGUGCUCUUGUAUUAUCAAUGAUUAUGCAGAUAGUGCUCUUUCUGAAGUUGAUGAGUUGAACAGCUCUCCCCUUCCUCCAUCUCCAGCACUUUUAUCCACCUUAAAGCUAGCCUGUAGAAUCUUGUACCAAGUGCAGAUCUAUGCUAGUGCUGAUAAUAUGGAAGCUGACCCAGAUUGGCUGCAGAAACUUCUCAAAUGCUGCAAGAGUGACUUUAUAAGCGUGAGUAUUUUAGCAUCAGAGAUAUUCCUUAGUUUUAUCCUAAGAAAGAAUAUCGUUGAGAAGGGCCCAUACUACCAGAUCAAGAGUAUCAUCUAUUGUGGCAAGAAAGAUCAAGCUGAGCUUAUGCAAACUGAAUAUUUGAAGUGUCUCCAAGGCAAGAAAGAAGUGCAUCAUCAAAAUGAACACUGAUAUGAAAUUAUAGUGAGGUUGUGGAAAUUUUUGGAAGAAGAACAGUAUAAUGAAGAGAUCGUUUCCCUCUUGAAAAACUUUGACGUCAACCUUCCAGAAAUUGUUUCAGAUGUUGUCAGUAAGGAUCUGAGUGAUAAAAACAAGACUGAUAGAAUAGUAAAGGCUAUUAAUAAGUUCUCAACAUAUUGGAAUCUUACUUCAGAUAAGUAUCCCCAUUAUGCUGCUUUCCCAGAUGGAAAUUCACUAUUCCAGAUGCUUGAGUAUUUAGAAGCAGGGAUUCCUUCAGUACGUCUUGCAAGCAAGAGUUGGCUCAACAUCUCUACAAGUAACUUCAGAAGGAUCCUCGACCCUCUUCUCUCCAUCCUCUGUAACAGCCAGACUGAUGUCGUCACCAAUAUGCAAGAUGAAAUGUUCUUCACUGAAGUUUAUGACAGUAGACAGAUUGUGCAGUGAUUCAGUAAGUUCAGAAGCAUAGUGCUCAACAGUCAGAACGAACUGAUUGGCUACACGCUGUCGAAUGAAGUGACUCCGGCCAUUAUGACUAAGUUCAGAGAAGUCUUCAAAUAUGUCGAGCUUGUAGACGAAACCUACUACCAGAUCCUGAUCCAGGUCUGUGUCAAGUUCAUUGUGGGCCACAUCAAGCAAGGCGAAAUCUCGAAGUAUGCCACAGACACCCAUUCAGUGAAUGCAACAGCCUGUGAGUUUCUGGAGCUGAUCCUCAGGAGCUCUAAAGAGUCCGACGUGACUGCCAUGGUUGCAGCCGAGAUCCUGCCAAGAAUCCUCAAGGCACUCAGUGUAUCCAUCGAGAAGCAUGACAACGCAAUGCAGGUGCAGCUUCUCAACUUGCUCAAAGUCAUUUUGUUCGAGUGCACGUUCAAAGAUGACACUGAGAACUGCCGCAUGGUGCUGUCUAACGAAAUGUUCUCAGACAUUCUUGUGCACGGCAUGAACAACCAGGUUUCUUAUGUCAGACAGCAUUUCAUCGAGUUCGUUGUGCAGAUCGUGCCAAUGAUCACCGAAAUGCUUCAGGAGGCCGAAGCAGUUGCUCCUAUCACAAAGCUGGUGCUGUGUCUGAUCAACAUCCUCAGAAAAGUUGAUUUGUCCAUUUACGGUGAAGACACAGAUGCUACAGGUGGCAGGAAAGAAGAAGUCAAAGGUGGCCACAGCAUCAGAGCCACUGUGCUGAUUUGGAAACAAGACCAGAUGAAUACAAACAGACAUGUCAACGAGAACUUGCUCAUCAACUCUGAAGUCGACAUCCAGUUGAUCAUCGAAGGCAUCAAGAGCAUUAUUUAUCACUGCCUGCACAUCCACCCUGACUCCAGCGACUUGAAGUUCACCGAAGAGUACGAGUACGUCGAAGGUAGCGGGUUUUCAUUCAAGACCAUUUUCGGUGGAGGCGAAGGCCAUGACAAGCUCAUCGACAAAAGUUCCAAACUGACACCUCUCAAAGAAAGCGUGCUGCAGCUGCUGAAGCCGCUGUUCAUCAGCUGCAUUUCGUGUUGGAAAGACUUGUGCAUUUUCUUGCCUAAAGACUACUUGUUCUCACGCAUCGGAGUUAUUUCAUACAGAAACGAAGACCAGAGUGCCACCAACAUGAUGCUCCGCAACAAACUCAGAGACCUCGAAGGUACUGACGACGCAGCAGCGUCGACGAACCUGGAAGAGGAGGAAGAGAGCAAGGGCAAGAAGAAAUCAAAGAAGAAGAGGAAGAAGAAAAAGAAGGACACACCAUCGAAGGCAAUGGGACUUGACGAAAUUAAUGGCUCACUUAAGUCCUACAUUGAUUCUGAAGCUAACCCAACUCAUAAGAUGCUAAUUAACAUCCUAAAGCCUAUUGCUUUCUGAUACCCUAACCAAUUAAUCCAGGAGAUACUAGUUAUCUGGAUCAGAAAGGAAGAUAUCCAAAACUUAAAUGUGAAUCUCUGUCUUAUAAAGCUAAUCCAGAUUCUUUCUUGCCUAGAGUUACCUCUUUAUGCUGUCAUUGGAGCUUUGAACUACAACAUUGAGAAGAUGGAGUUCGCUUCGAAGAAGGUAGCUCAAAAGAAGAAAGUUAUAUUAGAAAGAGAGGAACUACAGAAAGAAAGUCUGAUAUUUUUCUUUCUGUACACUUACAUCCUUCAUAACUUGCAAUUUUAUUUCAAAACAGAGGAUGAUACUAAGAUAUAUAGAUUAUUCCUGAAAUUCUUGAAGUAUUACCAAUACAGUCGCCAUCCCACCACCAUCUGCUGGAUGCUAGAGACCUUGUACAUUCUAUCUCAGAAAUACUCUCCGAAAGAAGCUUAUCUGUCAGAAAAGAAAAUUAAGAAGGAUUAUCAAGAUUUAAUGCAGAUGUUGACUGAGAACGUAGCUAGGAUUAUUUCAGAUGAUCUCAACAUUGGAUUCUCUCCUAAUUACUGUCUUACCUUUGUCUAUCCUCCUUCCAUGUAUGAGCACUUGAAGGCCUGGACAGUCUUGGUUACUGAGGACAAAAAGGAAGAAGAGGGAAUCACAAUUAGUCAGUUCUUAGGAACACAUAUUAACACAGUAAAAUCUAGUGCUGCCAGUUAUGAGAAACUUAACAAGUUUAGCACAGAGAUCAUGCUAAUGAAUGAGCUGCUUGAAGAAGACAAGAGGCUUCUAGAAAGUGACACUAGUGAUAAUAUUGUGAGCUUUGUGAAAGACUUAUUGAAAUCCCAAAAUAUUGAUAAUUCAGAUUUACGGCUACCACCAAACUUCUUAAAAACAUUUUUCAGCUAUUAUACAGUUCAGACAAUGAAAAACUUAUUCUUUUCUUUAUUGCAUAACGUGUUAUUGUCUUCUUCACAAGAGAAGAUUGUUUACAACUUGGACACUAUAGUAGGAGUUAUCAUCCAUAUCCUCCAAAGAAAGAGGGACCAUCCACCUGUCCUUACGGAUAUCGUUACAGAGCUGUUUGCAGGACUUAUGAAGAACGCAGAUGCCAUACUUGUGAAGACCUAUAGGAAACAAAUCAGUGAGAUCUUCUUCUCUGACUCGUUCUUUGAUUCCUCUAGUAGAGCUCUGAACAAAUGGAAGACCAUCAUUGAGUACUACAUGAAUCAUGAAAAGAAUGAUCUUAUUGAUGACAUUAUUAGCAAAUGGAAUACCUCUGCAGGAAUGUUUACAUCCAAACAUUAUGAGACUAAACAAAAGUGUACAGCUAUUAAAAGAGUUGCCUUCUUGCUCUAUUCAUCCGCAACUGACCAUUACUUGGACAAAAUUGAUUUGCUGCUGAAGAAAAUGACUGAAAAUUUCAAGAUGAAUCACUUGGAUUCCAAGGUUAGGAUCCAACUUCUGCUUCUGUGUAGGAUUAUUCUACUCAGACUUUCUGACGAAAACUUGAUCGAAUCUUUAAGAAAACUCUGGCCAAAUUUGCUAAACGAAUUGAUCAGUAUAAUGGAGAAUAACAAUAAAAAGAACGAAGAAGAUGAUGAUUACGCUCUAACUCUUGAAGCUCUUAAGCUCAUUGAAAUUCUGAGUUUAUUGAACCUUGAAGAUUUCCAGCUCAACCAAUGGAUCUUCUUGCUUGAUAGUUAUAAUGUAAACAAAGCCUCAUUUACAAAUAAUGAGAUGAAGAUUGCUCGUGCCACUGAGACAGAUAAGUACUUCACUCCGUACAUUGUACCUCUGAUGGACGCCCACAGUGAUUUCGACUUUAAUGAAGUUAAUGAAGAUGAAUAUGCUCGAGAGAAUAUUGAUUCACAUUUUGAGGAAGAGAAAGAUAGGUAUACUAGUAUAUCAAGGAACUCUAAGAAAUACGCAAUUGUUGAGAUGUCCCAUGUCGCUUCUGAAUGAACUAACCCUGAUAGUCAUUCAAUCAAGCUCAAAGCUGAGACAAUGCAGGUUAAGGCAAGUGCAAGGUGUACUGAGAUGAGUAAGCUUGACUGGAAAAAUGCUGAACAAGUCAUUGAGAAUGACUUCAUUGACUCUAACCAAGUUCAAGAAUAAUUGAUUUUGCAAUUUAACUCUCUAA